UUAACUCGGUUGAAAUACCAUAGACUGUAUGUGAAUGCAAAUCUACCGAAACAUGUAAUAGAUGCUCAACGGCUGCCAAAAAAAGUGCGUUUUUCUUCAUUUGUUAUUAGUCUCUUGUUACUUUAAGAAAAAUAGCAUAAAUAAUAAUAAUAUUAUUAAUAUGAAUAUUAAUUAAUGAAGGUUUUAUUUUUUGGCGAACUGAAACUCCCGAUCAAUCCAGCCGUUGGUUAGCCGUUUUUAGAUCUCGGGGUCCGUUUUCUGCAGGUUAAAGCUUUUCAACGUAAGAAAGCGACUAAAGUUCAUCAGAAAAGCCUCGCAGUGCUACCAGAACCUGUCCAUAUUCCACCUGUUUCAUUUUCAGAAAUAAAUCUAAGUACAAUCCAGAUCUUAGGAUGGACCCGGGUCAGGAGGCCUCUCAGUCUAGUCAAAAACAGCAGCCAUGUGACAAGUCAGCCUUGUGCACAAAAAGGCAGGACAAGAAGGGUGGCAAGAAAAAAACCAGUGGAGAUGAGUGGGAUACAGAUCUGGAGGAAAACAAUGUCCAGCAGGGUUCGUUCUAUGCAGAGCUGUACCUGCAGGCUUGUCAGCAGACAGGAACCUUGCCUGUUUCCCAAGUUCUCCACCAUAUGAAUGAAGAAACUUUAAACUUGAACCACUAUGGUCUGGGCCCUCAGAGGGCCAAAGCUCUAGCCAUCGCUCUGCAGAACAACAAUGUGGUGACCCACCUUGAGCUGCAGAACAAUGAUCUUGGUGCAGAAGGGGCAUACUACCUGAUGGAGAUGCUUGAAACAAACCCCUUUAUCCAGAGUCUUAAUCUUUCCAUGAAUCAGCUGGGUCUUGAAGGAGCGAGAGUCAUCUCCAAAAUACUGAUAAACAAUUUAAACAUCACAUCAAUCAAACUCUCAGGAAAUGACUUGGAUGAUGCUGCUGCUGAGUGCUUAUCAGAAUCUUUACAGAGGAAUUCUGCAAUCAAAGAGCUGAACCUAAGUAGCAACAUAUUCUCCGAAGCAGAAGGGAAACAUCUGGGUGACAUGUUAGACGAUACAUGUAUUGAGGUCCUAAAUCUGAGCUGGAAUAACCUCCGCAUGAAAUAUGCUGUGGCUCUGAGUGCCAAUCUGAAGGUAAACUCUAGACUGAAAGAGCUCUACUUGUCGUCCACUGGUUUUGGACGCUCUGAGGUGGAGGCGCUGGGUAAAGCUCUUAAAGAAAAUGAAACACUGGUGCUGCUGGACCUGAGUCGCAACAGAAUCUGCGAUCAAGCUGUGAUGUUGCUCUGCCACGGCUUGACCACCAACAGCACCCUCAAGGUUCUCAAGCUGUUUCAUAACCCCAUGUCACGUGUUGGAGCUCUGACGCUGAUCACAACAGUGAGAAACAACAUGAACUCCGCACUGGAUGAGAUCGACAUCUCUAGUGUGGUGGUACGCGAGGCCUUUGUGGAGGUACUGGAGGAAAUCCGUCAGAGGCGCCCCAGUAUGGAUGUUCGAUACACCAUCUUACCCAUUGCAUCCAGGAAUUUAGCUGCCUUCAACACCUUUAAGAAAUUCCUCGAGGAGCAAAAUAAGAGCAUCAGGGAUUUCUUCAAGUCUUUUGAUAAAGAGGGAACCAUGAUAGUCUCCACCUCUGCGUUCAGGAAGGCUGUAAUGGAAGCCAACAUGCCUCUUGAUAAGCACCAGUUGGAGUGGUUGGUCCGGAAGUUUGACAAGAACUUCACAGCCACCAUAAACUACAGUCAGAUUUGCUGAGUUGGAUGCAUACACAAGUCUCAGGAAAUGACUUGGACGAUGCUGCUGCUGAGUGCUUAUCAGAAUCUUUACAGGGGGAUUCUGCAAUCAAAGAGCUGAACCUAAGU